GUGUUGAGAGGCCAAUAGAUGGCAGCACCUGCCGGUAAAACUACUACUGCAGACGUGUCACUUAGAGUGGUGUUGUUGGAGGGUGAGUGGUGUUGUUGGAGGAUCAUUAUGACCAAGCUAAUGGAAUGGUUAACUGGGGCUGUGCUUAUACUUGGUCCCUGGUCAGCAGUUGUCACCAACACAAUCCAGAAUGAGUUUACCAAGCAAUACUACAUGGAAAUUUUGUUAUUUCCUGUCUUCUUGGUAGCAGUGUUUGGCUUAGUUUCCAUUGCUGUUAUUGCUUACCGAGUUUACACUUUCAACGACUGUCAGGAAGCUGCCGAGGAGUUACAACAACAGAUUAAGGAAGCAAAGGCAGAUCUGGCGAAAAAAGGUUUAAAGUUGGACUAAUGUUCGGGAUGAAGUUUAGUUUGUAUACAAGAAAAGAUUAUUAUAUGAGGGCAUUUUAAUCAAGUUUUGUGGUUUCACCUUACUGUUGUUUUUCUUCAGUAUGCAGUAUGUUAAGUGGUGUUGAAUUCACAAUGGUAAUUAAAAUAUGCCUUCAUCAAUGUGAUGUGUUGUAAUAGAGUUAAUGUUGUGUGAUAGUUUCGUGUCUUUGAAAUCUGUUAUUUAUUGAACAAUAUAUUAUGUUUUUUAUAUAAUAAAUGGUAAUUUGAA